AUGACGGACGUAUUGGCCGACAAGCUGCGGGCGUCGACACUGAAUGACAGCGCCGCGGCGUCGUCGUCGUCCGAGGACUGGAAGAAGAGCCUCAACAUCCCCACGAAAGAUGGCAGGCAGCAAACAGAGGACGUUACCAACACCAAGGGCCUGGAGUGGGAGGACUUUUCCCUCAAGCGCGACCUGCUGAUGGGCAUUUUCGAAGCCGGCUACGAGAAGCCCUCGCCCAUCCAAGAAGAGGCCAUCCCCGUGGCCCUGACCGGCCGCGACAUACUCGCCAGGGCCAAGAACGGCACCGGCAAGACGGCCGCCUUCGUUGUGCCCACCCUACAACGAAUCAACCCCAAGAUCGCCAAGAUCCAAUGUCUCAUCCUCGUCCCGACCCGCGAGCUGGCCAUGCAGACCUCGCAGGUAUGCAAGAUCCUCGGCAAGCACCUCGGCAUCAACGUUAUGGUCACCACCGGUGGCACCGGCCUGAGGGACGACAUCAUCCGCCUGCAGGACCCUGUCCACAUAGUGGUGGGCACUCCGGGUCGCAUCCUCGAUCUCGCCGGCAAGAACGUGGCCGACCUGAGCGAGUGCCCCAUGUUCAUCAUGGACGAGGCCGACAAGCUCCUCUCGCAAGAGUUCACCCCCGUCAUCGAGCAGCUGCUGCAGUUUCACCCCAAGGACCGCCAGGUUAUGCUCUUCUCCGCCACCUUCCCCCUCUCGGUCAAGGACUUCUCCGACAAGAACAUGGUCAACCCCUACGAGAUCAACCUCAUGGACGAGCUCACCCUGCGCGGUAUCACCCAGUACUACGCCUUCGUCGAGGAGAAGCAGAAGGUCCACUGCCUGAACACCCUCUUCUCCAAGCUGCAGAUCAACCAGUCCAUCAUCUUCUGCAACUCCACUAACCGUGUUGAGCUGCUGGCCAAGAAGAUUACGGAGCUGGGCUACUCGUGCUUUUACAGCCACGCCAAGAUGGCCCAGCACGCCCGAAACCGCGUCUUCCACGACUUUCGCAACGGCGUCUGCCGAAACCUCGUCUGCUCCGACCUGUUGACCCGUGGUAUCGAUAUCCAGGCCGUCAAUGUCGUCAUCAACUUCGACUUCCCCAAGAACGCCGAGACGUACCUGCACCGUAUCGGUCGCUCCGGUCGCUACGGCCACCUUGGUCUGGCUAUCAACCUGAUCAACUGGGACGACCGCUUCAACCUCUACAACAUCGAGCGGGACCUCGGCACCGAGAUCCAGCCAAUCCCGCAAACCAUUGACAAGGCCCUUUACGUUUACGAGAACCCGGAGAACAUCCCUCGCCCCGCCAACACCCUGCCAUCGCGGUCGCAGCCUUCCAACGCCGCCGCUCAGUUCCCCCAACCCGACCAACCUCAGCGUCAGCCUGCCGGCCCAGACCAGGCCCGCGGCCAACAGGGCGACUUUUCUCGCCAGGGAGGCCGGGGCCAGAAUGACGGCCAACCGCGCCAACAGCGCGGCGGCUACCGAGGAGGUCGUGGCCGUGGCAACUACCAAGGCCGAGGCGGCUACAACAACAGCAACAACUACCGAGGAGGGCGAUCUCAGCCUCAGUCUCAACAACCCGCCUAA